GAGACCAAACACCAGCGGUGCAUCAGAGGCGCGCAGGUUCACGGUAGGGACGCACUACGGCAACACUUCUGCCCUCGUGGAGAACUACAAUCGCUGGCCUCGUGUAGUGCUUGCUGAUGAGCUGAAAGAUGCAGAGUAAGCUUUUAAUUCGAGUUAAAUUAAUUUGCACCAUUAUGACUUCACUCCAAUUAAAGCCAUAGCGAGGCGCAAAGUCAUGCACAACCGCUUGGAUCAGUGCGUCUCUGGCGACUUUACGCAUGGCUUUUCUACGAAUGGAGUGGCGGACGUGUCCCUCGGGUCGGUACUGGGGGGGUACCCUCUCUUCCCGCCCACCACGCUAACGUCACGUGGGUCCAUCGGAUCGCCUGUCGCGCGCCAUCAGCCCAGAAUGGAACACCUUCUUUGCCAAACGACGCUGAAACCACAGCCGUCCGUUUUGGGCACGACCCCCAGGCCGCGCGACGUGUUGGAGACAGAGGGGUUGGAGGACGAGGAACCCAAAGUUCAAUUGGAAGCAAAGGAGCUCUGGAGACAGUUCCACACACACGGCACAGAGAUGGUCAUCACUAAAUCUGGGAGGCGCAUGUUCCCGCCGUUCAAAGUCAAGUGUUCUGGUCUUAACAAGCAAGCUCAGUACAUCCUGCUGAUGGAUAUCGUGGCGACAGAUGACUUCAGGUACAAGUUCCAUAACGGCCACUGGAUGGUCGCAGGAAAGGCCGACCCGGAGAUGCCCAGACGCAUGUACCUCCACCCGGACAGUCCCGCCUCGGGGGACCACUGGAUGGCCAAGACGGUCAACUUCAACAAACUCAAACUAACCAACAACAUCUCGGACAAGCACGGCUUUACCAUUCUUAAUUCAAUGCACAAAUAUCAACCAAGGUUUCACGUGGUGAAGGCCAAUGACAUCCAGAAGCUUCCAUACAGCACCUUUAAAACCUGCAUCUUCUCUGAGACCGAGUUCAUCGCGGUGACAGCCUACCAGAAUGACAAGGUGACUCAGCUAAAGAUAGACAACAACCCCUUUGCCAAAGGCUUCCGGGAGACGGGGAACGGUCGCAGAGAGAAGAGGCAGGGUUCUGUUUUACUACCUUCUCUUUAAAACUAUUUGAAUUGAUUAUCAUAUGUAUGCCAUUUCCCACCCAUUUGUCAAAUAUAUGGUGCUUAAAAUGUGGAUACAGAGCCGUUUGUUAUUGAUGCAUUACAGCAAGAUUGUAGACAAUUGAAUUAAAGUAUUUUAAGCUGAUUUAUAUUAUAACUAACCCUGUCAUGAGUGAAUCUUGUCAAACAGUAGAGCAAUAUUUACAUUUCUGAAAACGUUUCAGAACUUUCCCGUUUUCUUUCACCUAAGGAAACUGCAGCCUUCAUCCCAGAGGACCUCAGAGACGAGGAGGAACAGAAACAAGGGGAAGCGGGUCAAGGAUUCACCACGGGGAUAUUCCCGUUCCUCCACAUCCCCGGG